AUGUCAACGCAUGCUCCUUUAACCACAUAUCGAAACCCCGCCCUCUUAACUGAAAUACUCCAGUUUCAUCCUCAGCUACUCCUGGACGAUGUGGUCAAUGUUGCGUAUGAAACAUUGUAUCACGCUGUGGAAGCCCUCGAAGUGUUCCUUUUGCGUUGGGCGGAUGAUAGGGCUGAAGCCAUUGCGAAAGAAGUCGACGGGGGAUUGUACGCGUUUCAGACUUUGCUAGAGUCAUAUGCCGACACCGCUUUUGAUUUCUUUGAGGUUUGGGCGCUCCGAAAUGUCUUCUCCUUCCCACCAGCCGAUGUCUCUUUACCCAUCAUACUUCCUCAUCAUGCAGGACUUAACUUGAUUUUGUCCGGUCCGGAUGAGGAUGAGCUGCGAUCGCAGCUAGAUCAAAUGCGGAUCCGCGUGAGGGAGGCUCGAAAGCUCAAUGUCCAAUUGAGGAAGUCGAACCGUAUGGCCGAGAGGCGGUUGGCAAGGGCCAGAGAGCGCCUGCAGCAUUACAGUUUUCUUCGCGACACGACUGCAGUUACGGCGCCCGCGGCAGAUCUUCUAGCAGAUCUUCUGCAGGCUCUGUUCACACUACCCGCUGCUUCGUAUGCUACUGCGACAGGCUCAACAAAGCGGCCCUGGGAACACAGCAGCACGGGAUAUCUUAGAUGGGGUGUUCGUCGGCUUGUCGAUCGUGGGCGCAGCGGUGCCGUUUUGGAAGCAAUGGUCGACAAGGUACAGGGCAUUGGGGCGUGGGAGGUUGCAGGCACAUCUCGCUCUGCCAAUAGUUGA